AUGUCGACAGGUGCACAGAGACAGCACACCUAUAUCGCUGAGGACUAUCUGCUCGAAUAUCCCAUAGAUCACCUGGAUCCCGUCACCAUGACUCUUCACGAAUCUGUCCACUUCUCCCUGAACCUUACAGACCCCAUUGUAGACAUGGAAUGGGAGAGUCUCGCAGCACAUCCUGGGGGCUUUGGUCGCACGCAACUGGGACCAGACCAUUGCCUCUUUGUGCUCACCUUCUACCAUCAGCUUCACUGCUUGUGGAAGUUUCAGUCCACCCUCAUCAAUCGGAAUGAUCCCGGAGCCUCACCCCACCAUGUCCAGCAUUGUCUCAACUACCUUCAUCAGUUGUUCUUAUGUGACGCUGCCACUACACUCGAACUAGGAGAUUUCAUGGUGCGGGACUUCGAGCAGAACAGAGUGGGGGAUACUUUGGUCUGCAGAGACUGGGAGAAGGUCUAUAACGUACUAGAUAGCGCAUUCGUGGAAUGGUCCACAUGGAGUGUGCAGUGGAAUUGA